AUGGUGAAUCUAGAAGCGAUCAGAAUCAUUGUAGGCCUUAUCGGUAAUGUCAUCUCUUUCUUUUUGUUUACCUCCCCAUUCACAACAUUUUUGAAAAUAAUCAAGCAAAAAUCAGUAGGAGAAUUCAAGGCAGAUCCUUAUGUAGCAACAUUGCUCAAUUGUGCUAUGUGGUCUUUCUAUGGCAUGCCCUUCGUCCAUCCUGAUAGCGUUCUUGUCGUUACAAUCAACGGUUGUGGAUUCGUUAUCGAACUCAUCUACAUUGCCAUCUUCUUAACAUACUCUUCUAACGCAAAACGACGAAGGAUCCUUAUUGCUCUUCUGGUUGAAGUUAUCUUCUUUCCUGUUGUGGUUUUCGUCACCCUGCACUUUCUCCAUACCACUAAAGCCCGGUCUAUGAUAAUUGGCAUCUUGUGCAUUGUCUUCAACAUCAUUAUGUACGCCUCACCCUUGACAAUCAUGUCGGGAUCAGGGGACUCACAAAAAUCCACAUAA